CAAAACUUAACCCAAACACACGCAGCAACUACCAUGAAGCUCUGGGCUCUCCUCCUCAUCAUGCUCACCUGUGAGGUUGUGAUGCUUCUGCCCGCGCUGGGAGGCCUCAAGCACAAACCUUUCUUUGUGGGUGGAUGGACACUGCCAAAUUCUACCGUCUCAAUUCCAGCUGAACUAAGAGAUAUUGACCAGUGCUGGGUACAGCCUUCAUCAUUAACGUAUUGUUUAAAAAGGUGCACUAAAGCAAAGGGAUGUUCCUUUCCAAAUCAUACAUGCUGCUGGACCUACUGUGGCGACAUCUGCUUGGACAAUGAGUGAGUUGUUUGGGGUGGGAAGGUUGGGCCCGGGGAUGCUUCCUCACUGCUCCUCACCCUCGUUCAGAAGCUAUGGCCUGGAACAGAAGACAUAGUCACCUCAAUCCUGGUCACAGAAAUAGGCAGCAUAAGGCAACACCCUCCUGCCUCCACGCCUAAGCUGCCACUCACUGUAAAUUAAACCAAGAUACCAGCAUGGGAGCCUCCACAUUUCUUUUCACUCUCAUUCAAUUCCCCACAGACAUCACCCAUCAGUUUGUUCAUCCCUUCUUUGUCCAAGGUCCCAAUUAUUGCCUCCUUAGUCUGGCCUCUCCACUGGCCCCUUAUCUCAGCCAAGCCCAAGAAGACCCAGUCUCUACCUGUCUGCUCAAUUGGCAAAUCUC